AUGACGAUCGGUGAUAAGCAAAAAUGGACAGCUGCUAAUGUCCGUAAUACAUUUCUAGACUACUUUAAGUCCAAGGAGCACAAGUUCGUCAAAUCCUCUCCAGUCGUUCCAUUCGAUGAUCCAACUUUACUAUUUGCUAACGCAGGUAUGAACCAAUAUAAGCCCAUCUUUUUAGGUACUGUCGAUCCAGCUUCGGAUUUCUACACUUUGAAAAGAGCCUACAACUCUCAAAAGUGUAUCAGAGCUGGUGGUAAACAUAAUGACUUAGAAGAUGUCGGCAAGGAUUCUUAUCAUCAUACUUUUUUCGAAAUGCUGGGUAACUGGUCCUUCGGUGACUAUUUCAAGAUAGAAGCUGUCACCUACUCUUGGACUCUGCUGACUGAAGUAUACGGCAUCCCUAAGGACAGAUUAUACGUCACCUAUUUUGAGGGUGAUGAAAAAUUGGGGUUGGAACCUGAUAUCGAAGCUCGCGAGCUAUGGAGAAAUGCUGGUGUCCCUGAUGACCAUAUACUACCUGGUAAUGCCAAGGACAACUUUUGGGAAAUGGGUGAUCAAGGUCCAUGUGGUCCUUGCUCUGAAAUUCAUUACGAUAGAAUAGGUGGUAGAAAUGCCGCUUCUUUAGUCAACAUGGACGAUCCUGAUGUCUUGGAAGUCUGGAAUUUGGUUUUCAUUCAAUUUAACAGAGAGCAAGACGGAUCUUUGAAAUCUUUGCCAGCCAAGCAUAUCGAUACUGGUAUGGGGUUCGAAAGGUUGGUCUCGGUUUUGCAAGAUGUUAGGUCCAACUACGAUACCGACGUCUUCACCCCUUUAUUCGAACGCAUUCAAGAAAUCACUUCCGUGAAACCAUAUUCUGGUAAAUUUGGUGAAGAUGACAGUGAUGGUGUCGACACCGCCUACAGAGUUCUGGCUGAUCAUGUGCGUACAUUGACCUUUGCUUUGGCCGAUGGGGGUGUUCCAAACAAUGAAGGUAGAGGAUAUGUCUUGAGACGUAUUUUAAGAAGGGGGGCCCGUUACGCUCGUAAAUACAUGAAUUAUCCAAUUGGUAACUUUUUCUCCACUUUAGCUCCAACUUUGAUUGAACAGGUUCAAGAUAUUUUCCCUGAAUUGGCCAAAGAUCCCGCAUUUCUAUUUGAAAUUUUGGAUGAAGAAGAAGCUUCUUUCGCCAAGACUUUAGACCGUGGUGAGAGAUUGUUUGAAAAAUACGCUUCCGCUGCUUCCAAGACUGAGUCUAGGACAUUAGACGGUAAGCAAGUUUGGAGACUGUACGACACCUAUGGUUUCCCAGUUGAUUUGACUGAAUUGAUGGCUGAAGAACAAGGUUUAAAGAUCGACGGUCCAGGUUUUGAAAAAGCCAAGCAAGAGUCCUACGAAGCCUCUAAAAGAGGCGGCAAGAAGGAUCAAUCCGAUUUAAUUAAACUAAACGUCCAUGAGCUAUCUGAACUAAACGACGCUAACGUGCCUAAGACCAAUGAUGAAUUCAAAUAUGGUAGUGCCAAUGUCGAAAGUACUAUUUUGAAACUGCACGACGGUACCAAGUUCGUGAAUGAGAUCACUGAACCCGGUAGAAAAUAUGGUAUCAUUUUGGACAAGACAUGUUUCUACGCUGAGCAAGGUGGUCAAGAAUAUGAUACAGGUAAAAUUGUAAUUGACGAUGCUGCUGAAUUCAACGUUGAAAACGUUCAAUUGUAUAACGGUUUUGUCUUCCACACCGGCUCCUUAGAGGAAGGUAAGUUAUCUGUUGGCGACAAGAUUAUUGCCUCAUUCGAUGAGCUACGUCGUUUCCCCAUAAAAAACAAUCAUACCGGUACACAUAUCUUGAACUUUGCGUUGAAGGAAACUCUGGGUAACGAUAUUGAUCAAAAGGGUUCUUUAGUUGCCUCAGAAAAAUUGAGAUUCGAUUUUUCUUACAAAAAAGCCGUUACAGGCGACGAAUUGAAAAAUAUUGAAGAUACCUGCAACCAACAAAUUAAAGAAAACUUACAGGUGUUUUACAAAGAAAUUCCAUUGGAAUUGGCCAAAUCUAUCGACGGUGUUCGUGCUGUCUUUGGUGAAACUUACCCAGACCCAGUUCGUGUUGUUUCCGUUGGUAAGCCAAUCGAGGAAUUACUAGCCAACCCAGCUAAUGAAGAAUGGACCAAAUAUUCUAUUGAAUUCUGUGGUGGUACUCAUGUCAAUAAGACCGGUGAUAUCAAAUACUUCGUCAUUCUAGAAGAAAGUGGUAUCGCAAAAGGUAUUAGAAGAAUUGUUGCCGUUACAGGCACCGAAGCCUUUGAAGCUCAAAGAUUGGCUGAACGAUUUGCCGCUGAUUUGGAUGCAGCAGAUAAGCUGCCGUUCUCUCCAGUAAAAGAAAAAAAGUUGAAGGAACUUGGUGUCAAACUUGGUCAACUGUCAAUUUCUGUCAUUACAAAGAAUGAACUAAAGCAAAAGUUCAACAAAAUUGAAAAAGCUGUGAAGGAUGAGGUUAAGUCAAGAGCCAAGAAAGAAAAUAAGCAAACUUUAGACGAAGUGAAGACAUUUUUCGAAACUAAUGAGAACACUCCAUACUUUGUGAAAUUCAUUGACAUUUCUCCAAAUGCUAAGGCUAUUACCGAAGCCAUUAAUUACAUGAAGUCCAACGACAGUGUCAAGGACAAAUCUAUCUAUUUAUUGGCGGGUAAUGACCCAGAGGGUCGUGUCGCCCACGGCUGUUACAUCUCUAAUGUGGCCUUGGCCAAGGGCGUUGAUGGCUCAGAGCUUGCCAAAAAGGUGUCUAGUGUCAUUGGUGGUAAGGCUGGUGGUAAAGGCAAUGUUUUCCAAGGUAUGGGUGAUAAGCCAGCAGCAAUACAGAAUGCCGUCGAUGAUUUAGAAAGUUUGUUCAAGGAAAAACUUUCUAUUUAA